UUGUAAUCUGUUGUUUAUGCAAGUGUUUCUGUAUGUGUCACAAGUAAAAAACCUACAUUUUUAUAAUUUGCUGAUACGCUAUGAGACUCACAAUGAUAAUGUUUUUUGGUAAAAAACCAUAUGGAUAUAAAUACAGAGGAAAACAUCGAGUGGUAGUAGAGCCCAAGAUCAAUGACUUGGCAAACUUGAGGUAUAAGUACGAAAGGAUUGAAAAAAAUAUGCUUAUUUUGCGACAUCCCUAUUUAACAGUUGAGCAGUCUUAUGGUCACAUGGCUUUAGAUAAAGAUUAUAAAAAAGAAAUGGCAAUUGCUGUGCACUAUAAAUUCAGAAAUGACAAAUUUUCUAAGCACGUCACUUUAGCAGAAAGAUUGGCUCAUUUAAAAGUGAAAGAUGCUUGGGAUUAGUUAUCAACAAACGAUCUUUAAUACACAAUAAAUAUAUUGUAAAUAA